AUGGCUACUGAUACAGACGGCCGUUCCGCAUCCGCGCCACUUGCCGCACCGACCACUUCGGCAAUUCCGCAAGGAAUGCAUUCCACUGACGAUAUCGGUUCAACAACGGACGUUCGAAGUGGUAUAACAUUUUCGACUCUUCCAACGGCAGCUGGAGCAGCACCAUCGUUUUUUGCCAACCCAUUUAUGACACCAUUCAUGCCACAGCAACCGUCGUCUUCGGUAGUGGCACAUCAACAUCAACAACAACAAACAGAUCAUAACGAAGCGACUGCUGAAUAUCGUAUCAACCCGUUACCAUCCGAGAAUUACUUCUUACAAAGUGUUCACUAUCAGGAAAUGAUGCAACAAUAUAUUCAGAGUCUUAUGGCGGCUGCAUCAACGCUUCCUCCUUCAUCGUCCAUCCCUGCAGAUUUGCACAAUCAGUGUUUCGAUGGAACAAUCGAAAAUGUUCUAUCAAGUGCAGCAAUGCAACCACUACACGAUGACCAUCAACAAAAUGAAUCAAUACCGAACAAGAAAGUUGAUGAACAACAAUUAAAUAUCUGUAAUAAUGGUGAUUACAAUGAUACUCUCAGUCUUACCACACCUCAACAACAAUCUUCAUCUGCGAAUCAUUCCGAUUCGAAUAAAAAAGUUGACGAAUCGAGAAAUGACGAAAAGAAUAUCGAUGGUAGAGUGGAGGACGCUGAUGUAGAAGCAUGCUCAAGCGGUGAAGUUCUGAAGAAUGUGCGUGAUUGUGGUACAGAUAAAGAUGUGACAGAACCAGCAGUAGCAGCAGAUAAAUGUGAUGAAGAUCUUAAUGAAGCUAGGAACGAAAUGGAACAAGAAGAAGGACGGUUGUUGAAUACGGCACAUUGUUUGUCAGUUGACAAAAUGGGCUCGUUAUCAUUAUCAGCAGCCAACAAGUCGUUGUCAAAAGAUGAAGAUACGAGGUGCAGUGUCAGUAAUAGGAAUGCUGAUGAAGCAUCUAAACGACAAUCGCAAGCCCAACAACUCUUACAGCAACAAACAGCAUCAUCCUUGUCACAAGCACAUAGUGACUGUGGUACGUCGGUACUUAUCAAGAAGCAAAUGAAUGAAAUUGAUAAGGAAAUUAAUCGUCGCAUACAGAACAAGAAUAUCAAGAAGGUUCGUUGUACGUCUAUCUGUCAGUUGUCCUGUUAUUGUAUUGAUGAAAAAGAGUUAGCACAGUUGUUAAGCAAUGCAAACAGUGAUCAUUGCUUGGUUGGUAGUGCACACCGCACAGCCACAUCAACCUUUAAUCCAUCUGUUAAUGAGGCUGCAUUACCGUUCGGCAUAAGCGAUCCGUCAGUGGCUGUCGAAUCAUCGAUGAGACAAAAGCCGACACUGAACAGUUCCUAUUGUUUAUCGUCAUCUUCGUCGUUUCCCAAUCAAUUGCAAUGCAACCAACAGUCAAUAUUCCACAAUCACUUCCCACAACAAAAUCAACAGCACCUAUCAUUCCACCAACAACCACCAGGCAGCAUUCCAACAGCUCCACCUUGUUUUCCCACUCCUUAUUUUCCAGCGUUCUUCUCAGCCACUGCAAAUCAACAACCAACUGCGGUAACACCACAGAAGAAGUUGAUUCAGUUGGCCGCAGCGUUACUACAGCAGUUUCAACAGCAGAGUCAACAGAUGGCUUUAUUCCCACUGCCCGCAGCUGCAGCCGCAGCAGCAGCAGCUGCCGCAGCGUUUCAGUUGAACAAUAACGAGUCGACGUCCUCGUCAAAGCAAUCACCGCCACAACGUCACGAUAAUCAGUUGCAUUCCAACGACAACAGCACAACAACAUCGCAUCGUUCCAAUAAUCAACAAACCAUUCUGCCACCACCCCACACAAACCCCAAUAAUACUUCCAGUAAUCAUUCGUUCAUGACAUUAGCCCCUUCUCAACAUUCCAGCUCGUCAAAACGAGCACAACCUGCCACCACAUCUGAAUCAUCUUCGUCCUCUUCAGUUGCUGUCAAAUCGCAUAAUGAUCAUCAGCCACAAAAAACAACCCAACACAAUUGGCCUGAUGAUAGUGGUUGGAACGAAAUUGAAAAACGACACAACAGUGCAACAACCACUAAGAGGUGUGAAACCAGUGACGACAGUGAGCCUGUUUGGGUUAUGCGUGAUUCAUAUUUGAAACGAAUGCAAAGAGAAGGGCGCAAUAAUGAAAAUUUGUCUGAACCGCAGUUAUCAGCUGAAAAAAUUGAUAACACGAGGGAUGAGACCGUUGACGAAACAGACCGCUUAUUAACGAAUAAUGAUCAUGGCGAUAAUGAACAACGCACCAAGAAAGCAUCCAAGAAAGAGGGUAAGCUCAUUUCUUUUGAAGUGCGUAUUUUAUAUGUGAUUGUGCACGAACCGGCUGUGCUCAUUGAAGGCGUUCUAUUCCGAGCUCGUUAUCUUGGCUCAACGCAACUGAUUUGCGAGGGACGUCCGACGAAAACGAGUCGUAUGAUGCAAGCACAAGAAGCUGUUGCAAGGGUCAAGGCACCAGCUGGUGAGAUACAACCGAGCACGGAUAUAGAUUUAUUCAUAUCCACCGAAAAGAUCAUGGUUUUGAACACCGAUCUGCAGGAUAUUCUAAUGGAUCAUGCACUACGAACAAUCUCUUACAUAGCUGACAUUGGUGAUUUGGUUGUGCUGAUGGCACGUCGUAUGUCACAGUCGGCCAGUGAAGAAGAAUGCUCUUCUGAAAGCCUAGAAGGAACGCGACGAGCACCACGUGUCAUAUGCCAUGUGUUCGAGUCUGAGGAAGCGUCAUUUAUUGCGCAAUCCAUUGGUCAAGCCUUUCAGGUGGCCUAUGUGGAGUUUCUGCGAGCAAACGGUAUUGAUGACCCGUCAUAUUUACGUGAAAUCGAUUAUCAGGAAGUGCUGAAUUCACAAGAGAUGAUGGGUGAAGAGUUGGAAAUGUUCGCUCGGAAAGAGACUCAAAAGGAUAUCGUCGUACCGAAGAAAGCCGGUGAGCCGUUGGGUGUUGUUGUGGUUGAGUCGGGAUGGGGCUCGAUGCUACCGACAGUUGUAAUUGCAAAUCUGCAACCGAACGGUGCUGCGUCCAGAUGUAACCAGUUGAAUAUCGGUGAUCAGAUAAUUGCAAUAAAUGGUAUCUCGUUGGUUGGGCUUCCGUUGGCGUCUGCUCAACAGAAUAUUAAGGCUGCCCGAAGUUCAACAGCUGUUAAAUUAACAGUCGUCUCAACACCACCCGUCGUUGAAGUGCGUAUAAAACGACCUGACACUAAAUAUCAAUUAGGUUUUAGUGUGCAAAAUGGUGUGAUAUGUAGCUUAUUACGCGGAGGUAUUGCUGAAAGAGGUGGUAUUCGAGUGGGUCAUCGCAUAAUUGAGAUAAACUCUCAAAGUGUUGUGGCAGUGGCUCACGAAAAGAUCGUGAACAUGUUAGCGACAGCAAUCGGUGAGAUACACAUGAAAACAAUGCCAACUUCUAUGUUCCGUUUAUUGACUGGACAGGAGGUACCGAAUUAUAUUUAA